AUGCCAGCAGCAUGGAUGCACAUGACACCUCCAGGGCACACGGAGUGGACAACAGAUGGAGAACGAGCUAAUGACCUGGGCACCAAGCUGAGCGACAAUGCACUGCUUACUGGGAGACCGGCGCCGGGUGCUGCGGAGGCGGGCGAUGGGGCGAUGCGCGCGCCUCUCCUCGGGCGCGACGGGCAGGGGGCCGUCCUGGAUCGCCUGGAGUCCCACCUGGAAGAAACCCAGAAAGUAGCUCGCCGGAGAAGGUUCCCGUUUCCUAGAGAAAGAAGUGAUUCCACGGGCUCCAGUUCCAUUUAUUUCACAGCCAGCUCGGGAGCCACCAAUACAGACGAUGGAGAAAGCGAGGGAGGGUACACGACAGCCAACGCUGAGUCUGAUUACGACCGGGAGUCCGAGAGGGAGACUGAAGAAGAGGAAGAUGAAGUGAGCUGUGAAACAGUGAGAACCGCGCGACGGGACUCCCUGGAUCUCACCAACGAGGAUGAAACGCAGUUCGUCGUGGAUUCCUCGCCGGAGGAAGGGCUGGGUCAGCUGCUGCAGCAGGCUGACCGCUUGCACGGCGGGGAUGAGCAGGAGAAGAGCGAGGGAUUCCAGCUCCUGCUUAACAACAAGCUGGCGUAUGCAGACCAGAAGGACUUUCUGUGGCGCCUGGCCCGAGCCCAUAGCGACAUGUGCAGACUCGCAGAAGACAUGGACGAGAAGAGGUCGUACGCAUCUGAGGGGAAAGAAGAGCUAGAAAUUGCCUUACAGAAGUGGGAUCAGUGUGCAGAGUGCCACCAGUGGUACGCUGUUCUUUGCGGGCAGCUGGCGGAACACGAGAGUAUUCAGAAGCGCAUUCAAGCUGGGUACGUUUUCAAGGAACACAUUGAUAAAGCGAUUGAACUGCAGCCAGAGGAUCCAGAGUCUUACUAUCUUCUGGGCCGCUGGUGUUACCAGGUUUCCCACCUGGGAUGGCUUGAAAAAAAGACUGCUUCUGCUUUGUUUGAAGCCCCCCCGACAGCCACUGUCCAGGACGCGCUGCAGAACUUCUUGCGGGUUGAGGAACUGAGCCCGGGAUUUUCCAAAGCGGGAAGAGUGUACAUUGCCAAGUGCUACCGGGACCUGGGGAACAACUCUGCGGCUGUUCUCUGGAUGAACCUUGCUUCAGAGCUGCCGGCUAAUACGAAAGAGGAUGCAGAAAGCGAGAGAGAACUCGAAGAGAUGCGAUCAGUCUGGCAAGAAUAA